AUGGCACCGACUCGAACACACGCUUUUGGAUCGAGGAGUCGCAACAGCUCCCGAACCUCGUUAGGCGAGCUCGCAACCGCUGCUGCUGGCCCGGGUCCCUCCUCCUCGCUCGCCCACGGCGAAGGCUCGACGGCGUCCUCAUCGCACCCGCAGUUGAGCUCUGGCACGAUUCCGGGGGCCGGUGACUCGUCGUCGACCUCGUACACGGGGCCGCCGCCGCCGUACUCGGAUGCGCAAGGCCCGCCGCGCUCGCGAAGCGUACCGUCGUUGCCGAAUCUCAACUUCUCCUUCACGGCUCUACCGUCCUCGAGCUCGAGCCGAGGGAUCAUCCACGACAGCAACGGCCACGCGAACGCCCACAGCCACAGCCACAUCUACAGUCAAGGUCAAGGCCACCACUAUGACGUCGCGUCCCUCGCUUCCUCAUUCUUGUCGUCCCACAGCGGGCACUCGCACCGACCAUCGUUGCAGACCCGCCAGUCGUCGAGCUCGUUGACCUUUGCCCACUCGUGCAGCUACGUCGACACCAGCGCCGACGAGGAGGUCCACUUCUACCCACUCCAGGGCGGGCCCCAACACCAACACCGCAACGGCGGCUCGCAAAAUUUGAGCUUGUACUACGAGAACCAACCCCCAACCCCCGACGACGAAGAGCUCGAAGAAGAAGCGAUCCAGUUCCGGCCACGCACGAGUAGGAAACUCCGCGCAUCGGUCUCCGUACACGCGUCUUCGACCGCACGAGCGACGCCCCUCGACGCGUCAGCCGCCCCGCUCGCGCACGCCACGGGUGCACAAACGACUCCGGGGGUGUACAGGAGAGGUACGGAGCACCCAGGGAUGCGGACCCGAGCGGUCGCGCAGAAUGGAGGCGGCGGUGAGACCGGCGGCGACCACAAUGAUUCCCCCGUGAGUGAACGCUCCCCUCUCCCCCCACUCGCGGCGAAGCGGCGUCUGACCCCUGUAUUCGGCGGAGAACAGCGCUGAUGUUUGAUGCCCCACCUUGCUUUUCGUACAGUCUACAUUACUGACUUCAUCGAAUCCAAUACCCACGCAUCCACCGCCGCGGCCACCGGGCCCAUUCCUGCCCCGUUCCCGGCGGUGGGCGCUGCUCUUCCACUUCAUCCAGUCUUUUUCCGUCCUGCCCUCGUUUUUUGGCUUCGCCUACGCUGUGCAUCGGUUCUACUCCCCCGCACCGCUCGUGCCCGCUUCGUCGACCUGGAUUGACUAUGGGAGGGCGGCAGGUGUGACCCAGGCUCGUAGUACGCGACUCGACUGGGUUCUCGCCGGGAUGUGGGCCCUCGCGUGCGCCUACUUUAGCCAUUCGCUCGCCCGGGGGCUCCUGCGGCGGUGGCUCGUGUACUAUUCGCUACUGCCGACAAUCGUGCGCGUCUUUAGUCUGCAAGCAAUUUGUUGGCCCUUGACGCUCACAACGCACCGCGUGCUCUCGUUCGAUCAGCCCGUCGCGGCGUGGCUCGUCUGCGCCUCGACGGCAGCCUUCUCAGUAGGUGGAAUUUCAUGUGCCGCCACCAGGGACUGCAAGGAUCUGACAAAUGAACGCUCUUUUUCUGCCUCUCCGCAGAACGUCAUCCAGAUCUGGGUCACGAGCAACAUCGUCGAGCGCAAGGACCAGCGAGGGCAUCAACGGUGGCAGCUCCUGUCGUAUGUUGUGCAAGCCGUCGUCGGGCCGCCGGUGCGCUCCGAAAAGUUUCGCAAAGGCGAGAGAGCGCUGAGUUGGAAGCGGGUGCUGUGGGGCACGAUGGUGCCGUUUGCCGUCCUGGGCUGGAUUACGACUGUCGCGCUGCUGGGGCAGCAGUUCGUGGCGCGGUACCACGGCGGUGGGGGCGUCGACCUCGGUCGGCCUAGACUCAACAGCGCGGUCGGGUCCGGUGGAGUCACCCACGGGCUUACGAUCGUCGACCUCGACCGCAACGCCGACAUGCGCAUCGUCAUCCUUGUCACGUCGUCGUGGACGAACCGUUCGCGUGCGAACCGACAAACCUUCCGCGAGUCGUCGGUCCUGCUCUUCCCCAAAUCCUCGUCGACCAUCUCGGUGACGUACCGGUUCCUCCUGGGCACCGCCCCUUCCCCGCAGACCGCGGCUCGUGAGGGGCCCGCGAUCGCAGCCGAAGCAGCGCAAAACGGCGAUUUGCUGCUCGUGCCGGCGCACGACAGCUACGCCGAUCUGAGCAGAAAGAUCUACGAAGGGUGGAAGUGGGCGGGGCAACUCGACGUCGACUACAUCUUCAAAACCGACGACGACAUUCUCUUGCGCAUGGACGUGCUCGCCAAGGAGUUCAUCGCCCUCGGGCGGCGGCGAGAAUACUGGAAGGGCUUUGCUUAUUGGUCAGUUUUCCUCCUCGAUGGGAUGCCCGCAGAAGGGUGAGUUGCUAACGAGAGAUGUCUGGCCGCAGGGACAUACCCGCGAUCAAGGACGCUUCCAACAAAAACGCCGACUUUGCGUACGACCUCUCGUCGUUCCCCCCCUACACGGCCGGCGCGCUACACAUCUUGUCGCGCGACCUCGUGCAGCUCAUCGCACCUCCUGAUGCGUCGCGCCUCUUUGUCAUGAACGAGGAUCAGAACCUAGGGUUGUGGCUGUACCCGAGCGGAAUCCGCCCCAUCCACGACCGACGCAUCCAGCAGGCGCAAGUCUGCGAGAACGACAUGGUCGCCAAGCACUUCGGUGGGCAGUACGUCGAGCCGAACGGGCUGGGGCCCAGGGAGAUGUACGCCAACAUCGUCGCGGGCCGGAAGCUCUGCGACGGGUUCCUGACGCGGUGGUGCGGGGUGUGCUACCCGUCGUGUCGUUCGCGCGACAACCACUGGCGCGACUGGGGGUUCAUGUGCGACGAGAUGAAGGGGGCGACGUUGUCGAACCGCCCGGCGGCGCAGAUCGCUUCGCUCGACGCGCCCGUCAAGGCCCCACCCCCACCGUACAUCCUCGGCAGCUCCGACGACCCGUGGGUCAUCCCCGGCUUGCUCUCGCAGCACUCGUCGACGUUCUCCCAUACCGACGACUGGCACCUCUUGCACAUGCUGUGCUGGACGACGGGACCCGACACGUUCCAGGAGCGCCACUAUCAGGCGAUCGAAUCCAUCUGGGCCCACGAACCGCGCGCCGUGCUUUUCAUGAUGUCGACGUCCCUGCCGCUCGACUUCUUCCACGACUACACCCAGCACGGCUAUUCAAUCCAUAUCGUGCGCAUCGGUGGGGUCGAGCUCCUGCAGAACGGGUGGUUCCUGGGGCCGCAGAGCGAAAAGUGGCUCAUGGAAUGGGAGCAAUGGGCCAAAGGGCCGAGCUUGUGAGUGUGGCAUCCGAUCCCCGCCUUGCGUCGCUCGAGAUCUCGCUGAACCGAAAACUGAUGAUGGCUUGUCCUCCCUCCCCGGCAGCUACUCGCACCUGACCGACUACCUUCGCUACCUUUUCCUGUUCAAGUUCGGUGGCACGUACCUCGACAUGGACGCUCCCUGGGUGCGCUCGCCGCCGGACUCCAACGUCGAGUUCAUCGGCGCCGAUUACUCGACCGUCGCUUCGGACCUCGACUGGACGCUCGACGAGGACGGUAUGUACCUCGCCCCCGGGGUGAUGCGGUUCCGCCGCGGUUGGACGUUAUUCCACGACAUCAUGGAGUCCGCCUUCUCGCCGUCGACGUACCGCGUCGACUGCUUCAACUGCGUCGGUCCGCGCGCCAUCACGCUCGGUGUCAAGUCGCGCCGUCGCCAACUCGAGUUGAACGGGUUCACGAUCGUGCCUCCGUACGUCCUGUACCCGCGCAACUGGAUCAACUCGCACGAGCUCGUCAAACGGCUGCCCCAAGGCCAGGCCUCGGCCGAGUUGCACGCGAUCGCGGAAAAGAGUUGGUCGAUCCACCUUUUUGGCAAGAUGACGAACCAUCUGCGCAUCCAGCCGGGGUCCAUCGUCGCCGAAGCGUUUGAGCGCUUCGAGCUGCGCAUCCCGCGCCGCAUCGGCUACCUCUCGUCGGGCGAGAAAGAGCUGGGAACCCCGUCGCUCGGGACGGGCCUGACGCUCGAGGCGCCGUCGCACUACGUGUACCGCUCUCGCGCCGGAUUGAGCCACGAAGAGGUGCGCGACCUCGACCUGCGCGGCUCGAUCGACGGCUCUUUCGACGGCCUCGACCUCAUUUUCAUCCGCGCCGUGCAGUCGCCGCGCGUCGCUAGGGCGUCGAUCCGCGUUUCGACGAAGCGCGGGGGCAAGCUCGCGUUCCGCAGCUCCUCGGCGAGGGUGUUUGCCAAACGUGACGUUGCGAAUGCCACUGACGCCGUACCGGGUCUCGCGACUGACGGUGAACUCGGCGCGGUCAGUCACGUCGAGUUGGACUUGGUCGACGCCUCGCUGCGGGACAUCAACGUCGUGCUCGGCUCGCUCGUGUACGUGCGCGGAUCGGUUGGUGCAAGAGAGUGGAAUGGUGAUGAGAUGAAUAUCGAGGUUGUCUAUGGAAGCGAACGAGCUUCGCAUAUCGUACACAUCGCUUAA